AACCUUCAAACAAUGAGAAGCAGCACUGACUCAACAUCCUUCACCAGAAGAGUUUAGCAGAUGCACAUCUUGUACUUACUUCAUUAGAGCUGCUGUGACGGUCCUAUAGAAGUGGAUGGUAUCAACAAUGAAAAUGCACCACCCUGUGCUCCAGCUGGCCGUUCUUGGUCUAGUCCUCUCAUACUCUGUGACUGAAACACAGCAGGUGCAGGAAUCAGCUGACCUAAUUUUCCUAAUUGAUGGAUCAAGAAAUUUGGGAAGGGAUGAAUUUCAGUUCAUACGUUCUUUCAUUGCAAAUUUCAUUGAAGAUCUCAAUAUCGGCCCUGAUGCCAUCCAAAUUGGCUUGGUGCAAUACAGUAACACUCCCAGUACUGAGUUCUAUUUAAACACAUAUCCCACAAAAAUAGGAAUCCUCAAUGCCGUGAAAAACCUUCGACAGAAAGGUGGAAAUCAAGCCAACACUGGAAUGGCUUUUCAAUUUCUGAUUGACAAUCACUUUAUUCCAAUGGCCAGGAGCAGGGCAAAGAAGGGGGUUCCUCAGGUAAUGGUCCUCAUGACUUCAAGACAGUCCACUGAUGACGUCAGACGGGGAGUGUUUUCAAUAAAAAAGCGUGGCACGUUUACAUUUGUUGUUGGGGUGAGAGAUGCCGAUGCAGCUGAAGCCAAACUGAUAGCUACCGAUCCUUCAUUUGUUAUGCUCGUUCCCGAUUUUCAAGAAAUGGCUAGCAUGAGACAACAGUUGAUGUCACUGUUUUCGUUAGUGGCCACCAAGCAAUUGGUGAUAGAGGUGGGAGAGCCUAAGGCUGAAGUUCAAGUCAGCAAGAGGGACAUUGUAUUCCUGAUCGAUGGCAGUUCCAGUGUGGGAAAUGCUAACUUUUUGCAAAUAUGCAAAUUUAUCUUAAAUAUAACUGACAAAUUUGUAAUUGGGCCAGAUUCUGUUCAAGUUGCUGUGGUACAGUACAGUGGAGUUGCAACAACUGAAUUUUACUUAAAUACCCACACAACGCAAUCUGCUUUACAAAUUGCUCUGAAAAGGCUGAGAUUGAGAGGCGGUUGGACACUUAACACUGGCGCAGCUUUAGACUACGUCUAUAGAAACCACUUUACCAGAGCUGCAGGAAGUAGGAAGGAAGACAAUGUUCCCCAGUUUUUGGUGCUUAUCACUGGCAAAAGUUCUAAGGAUGAUGUCAAGCGACCUGCAGAUACUCUGAAGCGAGCUGCUAUAAUAACCGUUGCAGUUGGAGCCGGGAAUGCAGACCCAACACAGCUAAAUGAGAUUGCAAUUGACCCCAGUUUAAUUUUCAGUGUUGAUGAUUUUCAUUCUCUACGAGAGUUACAGGAACAACUGAAGACACCCCUGUCAACAGUGGCUGGUGUAACCAUAGUUUAUGAGCAACCAACUGUUCCAGUUAAAAAAGAAAUGGACAAGAGAGAUAUUGUGUUCCUUAUUGAUGGAUCAUAUGAUGUUGGAAGAAGAAACUUAGCUGCUAUCCGUGACUUUAUCACAAGAAUAAUUAUGACAUUUGACAUUGGAAGUGAUGGGGUGCGAAUAGGACUGGUACAGUACAGCGAUGCUGCAGAACCUGAGUUCUUUCUAAACACCUACUCAUCAAAAAAUGAAAUUCUCUCUCAUGUAAGAAGACUCAGGCAGAGAGGUGGCACAAUUCUCAAGACUGGGGAAGCACUGAACUAUGUACUUGAAUACUUUUUUACCAAAUAUUCAGGAAGUAGGCAAGAGGAAGGUGUUCCCCAGUUUCUGGUACUUAUCACUGGUGGAAAAUUGAGAGAUGAUAUGAAACAGCCAUCAGAUGCCCUGUUACAAGCUGGUAUUACAACGUUAGCCAUUGGAGUGAAGAAUGAGAUCAAACAGCUACAGGAGGUUAGUUCACACCCCAGUUUAGCUUUUGGAGUGGAAGAGCUCCCUUCUCUCUCAGAGAUAGAGCAGGAAGUACUAUUACCUUUGUCAACACUGACUGAUGUAAGUAAAACUUAUGAACGGCCAACAGCUCCAACUACCAAAGAAACAGACAAGAAAGAUAUUGUGUUCUUAGUUGAUGGAUCAUUUCAUGUUGGAGACACAAAUUUACAAGCCAUUCGUGACUUCAUCACAAGAAUAAUUGAGACCCUUGAUAUUGGAAGUGAUCGAGUGCGAGUAGGCCUGGUACAGUACAGCGAUGUUGCAGAACCUGAGUUCUAUCUAAACACCUACUCAUCAAAAAAUGAAAUUCUCUCUGAAGUAAACAGACUCCAGCUGAGAGGUGGUACUGUGCUCAACACUGGAGAAGCAUUGGAUUAUGUCCAUAAAUAUAUUUUUACCAAAUAUUCAGGAAGUAGGAAAGAGGAAGGUGUUCCCCAGUUUCUGAUACUUCUUACUGGUGGAAGAUCAAGAGAUGAUAUCAAAAAGCCAUCAGAUACUCUGCUACGAUCUGGUGUGAUGACUUUAGCCAUUGGGGCUGAGAAUGCCAUAACACAACAGCUACAACAGGUUGCUUUGGAGCCCAGCUUGGUUUACACUUUGGACGAAUUUAGAUCUCUUCCAGACAUACAACAGGACGUGCUGUUACCAUUGUCAACUCUAACUGGUGUAAGGAUAAUGUCUGAACUGCCGACAAUGAAGAGUACCCAAGAUAUUACUGAUACCCAGGAACGAGACAUUGUGUUCUUGAUUGAUGGCUCGACAAAAGCUAGCUCUUCAUUUCCUUCUGUACGUAAAUUUCUUAAUGGCGUAAUUCAACAGCUCAGUGUUGGGUUGAACAGGAAUCGUAUCGCAGUGGUACAGUACAGCAAGGACCCAAAAGUCGCAUUUCUUUUGAACACCUAUUCAAGUAAAAAUGACAUUUUGGAUGCAGUGGAAAAACUGGAACCUAAAGGUGGAAGAAUGCUGAAUACGGGGGCUGCACUGAACUAUGUCAUCAGGAAUGUCUUCACCACGGCUGCUGGGAGUAGGCGAGAUGCUGGUGUGCCACAGCUUUUAGUGCUUAUCAUUUCCGGAAAGUCAAAUGACAAUAUUAAGAUGGCAGCAGAGGCACUAAAAAGAGCUGCUAUUGUGACAUUUGUAAUCGGGGCCACGGAUGCAGAUGGCGAAGAAUUACAGGAUAUUGCAUAUUCUUCCAAUUUGCUGUUUGCUGUUCAAGACUUCCAGUCUCUUCCAGAUAUCCAAGAUCAGCUGUUACAGCCCCUGAAAACGCUGAUCGUUGAAAUUAUUAAAAUGCCAUCCGGUGUCACUGAAGGCAACAAGAGAGAUGUUGUGUUCCUAAUCGAUGGUUCUUACAAUGUGGGAAGUUUUUUUUAUUUAAUUCGUGAUUUUCUUAUUAAUUUAAUUCCCAACUUUAAUAUUGCAAAGGACAAAGAUCAAGUUGCACUGGUACAAUACAGUGACAAUGCAAGGAUUGAAUUUCCAUUAAACGCUUACACAAGUAAAGAACAGGUCUUGGCUGCAACCAGAAAACUUCGGCUUAAAGGUGGAAGGGGACUUAAGACAGGCUUUGCUCUGGACUUUGUCAGGAGGAAUGUCUUCAGCAGAUCUGGUGGGGGCAGGCAACAUUUGGGGAUCUCUCAAAUUUUGGUGCUCAUUACUACUGGAAAGUCACAGGAUGAUGUGAGGCGGCCAUCAGAAGAGCUGAAGCGGGCUGGUGUUGUGCCAUUCACGGUUGGCAUUGGGAAUGUAGACAGAAGUGAACUGAAUCAAGUUGCAUAUUCACCAAAACUGGUUUUUCAGGUGGAUAGCUACUCGAGUCUUUCAGAUCUGGACUUGCAUCUGCUCAGCAUUUCACAGAAUGUAGAGAAUGUCCCGAUACCACCUACUUCUAGCUCAGCUAUUGAUAAAAGAGAUGUUGUCUUCCUUGUCGAUGGUUCUGCUAAAAUUGGAAAAGGAUUUCCAACCGUUCGUCAGUUUAUGGCUAAAAUUGUUGAAAAUUUUGAUGUUGGAGAUGGAAAAGUUCAAUUUGGUGUUGUACAGUUCAGUGAGAAUCCAAGAACUGAAUUCCUUCUAAACGCUCAAUCAACCAAGAAAGGAGUUCUGGCUGCAAUUAAGAAACUCAAACUAAAGCGUGGCAAAAAAAUCAACAUUGGCUAUGCAUUGGACCAUGUCAUAAGGAAUGUUUUCACAAGCUCAGCAGGAAGCAGGAUGGACAGUGCUGUUCCACAGAUUAUAUUGCUUCUCACUUCAGGGAAGUCCCGUGAUGAUAUUUCACAGCAGGCGGAAAAAUUAAGAAAACUGGGAAUUGUGGUAUUUGGAAUUGGCCUGAGGGAAGCUGAUCGAACAGUACUAGAGCCGAUAGCAUAUUCCGCCAGCUUGGCUUUUCCUGUGAGGACCUUUCAAGGUUUGCUUGACAUUCAGAAUCGACUCCAGCAGAUAAUGAAAUCGGUGUCUAUCGAAGUUGUUGAAACAGCAGUUGAAGAUGAAUAACUAACUUUGCAAAUGACUACACCUGCGGAUUUAUUGCCUUGUAAUUUUCAACCUCCAAGCUCCUCUUGUAACUUCAGGCACACAAAGUAAUCAGUGAGAAAGGAAUUGAUUCAUGGCUCAAACAGGAAGCCAACCAAGAUUAACUUGAGUUUUAGCUACCACUUUGAUAAUUUCUUGUCGUUCCUAGUGACGGUCACAAUUAUUACUGUAAAACUAUAUCUCUACUACCAGUUUGUCUUUAAAAAACUAUCUACAGUUAUUGAAAAUACUGGUGUGCAUGACUUGUGUUGCAUGAGAUCAGUUGGCUUUUAUGUGAACACAAUGUAAGGAACUCAUAUACUGUGCUAUAAUUAAUACCAUUCUGUUUGAUUAGAUGCAAUGUUUUAAUUCAUGUGUAUCAGCUAAUGAACAUUAUUGUUGAUUACUUUCAUACAAAAGUAUGAAGCUUAAGUUACAAUGAGUGUCACAAUUAAGAAAACCUCAUAAACAUAUAUCUAUAAAUUGCAAA